CAAAAUAAAGACAUAAGCCCCUCCCCCACCGAUCAGGUUAGUGAUCAGGUUAUCGAUCCUCUGCUGUCUAUCAUCAGUCACAGAUAUCCCGUCAUCCCGCUGCGGGCCGGUUGCCAUGGUAACCCGGGCUCCCGCUGCCGGCCGCGCGCUUCCGUGAGCAGCAGAGAGACUGAGGAGAGACGGUGAGUCACCGAGACCAGCCCCGGUGAGCGGCAAUCGACAACCGACAACCGGCUCCAGCGACCGACGGACUGAAGACACGCCGACAGACCGCCGGUUAGCCUGUUAGCCUGUUAGCUCCCCCGCUGCUGCGGAGGCGCGCGACGAUCACGGAAUGUUAAUGAGACCGAUGACAGGCAACGACCGCAGUGUUGCUUCAACCUGAGAGAUUACCGCAACCACAGCAACCAGACUGUUGCUGCAGUGUUGCCUCGGUCUGACGGAGACUACAGACCUCCAGCAACCAGCAGCUGCACCUGCAGCAACUAUAUCAACCAGACUGUUGAUGUCUGAGGACGACCAUGUUGCUUCAACCUGACAGAGACUACAACAACUACAGCAACCAGACCCACAGAAACAGUACCCGCAGCAACAGUACCCGCAGCAACUACACAUAAAGCAACCAGGCCACUGAUUUUCCACAGCAACUUAAAAGGAGAAUACAGCAACUACAACAACCAGACUGACAGCAACAGAACCUGCAGCAACUACAGCAGCCUCAAAGCUGAUGAUUAAUAAACAUAUGUUGUUUCAAUCUUAAAGCUUCAAGGACAACAGCAACUAAACCCACGGCAACAACAGCAACGGAACCUAAAGCAACCAAAUCCACAGCAAUCCAACCCACAGCAAAUGAACCUAUAGCAACCAAAUCCACAGCAACUGUAUCUAUGUUAACAUAACCUUAAGCAACUUGUAAACAGAAUGUUGAUGCUUACUAACCACCAUGUUGCUUUAGCCUGAGGGAAACUACAGCAACGAACAACCAGACUGUUGAUGGUUAAUCAUUGGUGUUGUUUCAGUGUGACACCACAGCAACUCAACCUGCAACUACAUCUACCGCCACCGUCAACUCAGCCUCCAUCAUCCAGCAGAUGGCGUCCUCUCAGAGUGUCACACACAUCAGCUGAUCUGGAGUCAGCUGACGACCUCAAGUUGAGUUAAGCUCCGCCAUCUUUCAGGUGAGGACAACAGCCACAAGAAUGAGCCAGUUGAAGGAGGCGGAGCCUGGCCGGGAGAUGGAAGCCAAGGUGCAGACCUGGGCUCAGUCUCUGGUUUACACUUUGGAGGAACUUGAGUGUAAAAUAUGCUACAACCGCUACGACACUCGCAGCAGGAAACCCAAACUGCUGGGCUGUCUGCACCGAGUCUGCGCCAAGUGUCUGAAGAAGAUGGUGGACAUGGGUGAGUCCUCGCCAUCCGUCAUCAGCUGUCCCUUCUGUCGCCAUGAGACCCACGUCCCCGACGAGGAGGUGUGGUUGAUGGAGGAUGACCGACACAUCCUGGCUGUUCUGUCCUGUCAGGACCGAGUCCGGCGAGGAGGAGCAGGAGGGGAGGUGGUGCUGAGUCCAAAUGGUCUGACCGGAGGCGGCGGCGUAGACUCGUCCCACCGCUCCUCAGACUGUCUGGUCAUCACCAUCAUGGAGCUCCCAGAGGAGUCUCCGUCCUCGGACUCACUGAGCAUGCUCAAUGUGGUGGGUCUGUACCGCCCCCCCAGCCUGGACUCGCUGCCCUGCAACCUGCCGGCUCACAAGUGUCGCGCUUGGACGUCCCGCAGCUUCCCGCGCUGCCUGCUGGGGGCACUCUGCCUGGUGUACUUCAGCUCUCUGCCUCUGGGGAUUUACCUGCUAAUGAUUGGUCAGCUGUGGCUGGGCGUGGUCCUGGUCAGUCUGGUUCCCUCCACGCUGCUGCUGCUCGUCCUCUACGGCUUCUGUCAGUGUCUGUGUCACGAGCUGAUGGAGGCGCUCGCCGCACGCACACACACGCUGCCAUGACGAUGACGACAUGCUGCAGUGUUGACACGAAAACGUGCUGCUAUGACGAUGAUGACAACAUGAUGUAAACAACAACACUGACAGCAUGAGCCGUCACACCUGAAUCACUCACCUGUAGACCCUCACAUCACACAUACCAGCAUUAACCCUGCCCCUCAUCAGGUUGCAGCCAAUCACACCAGGACCAGCUGAUGACAUCAUCACAGAUGGUGUGUACUGUGAAGGUUUUUGUCUUUGUCGUCUCCUGCUGGACAAACUGAUUUCAUUUCAGGAACAACAGUAGGACCCAACAGGACACCUGUCAGCCAAUCAGAGAAGAGCAUUCAGUAACACCAAACAUCAAACAGUUCAAGGCGUGUGUGACUCUGAAGCCGACAUUUAACAUGUCCUCAGGGACUGCUAGCCUUGCUUAGCACAAUGACUGGAAGCAGGGGGAAACUGUUAGCCUAGCUUAGCACAAAGACUGGAAGCAGGGCUGUUAGCCUAGCUUAGCACAAAGACUGGAAGCAGGGGGAAACUGUUAGCCUAGCUUAGCACAAAGGCUGGAAGCAGGGGAAACUGUUAACCUAGCUUAGCACAAAGACUGGAAGCAGGGGAAAUUGUUAGCCUUGCUUAGCACAAAGACUGGAGGUAGGAGAAAACUGUUAGCCUAGCUCCAUCACAGACCUGACUUCCUGUUGGGCAGUUGUUAUUAUGGGAUGCCUGAAUGGUUCUCUGGGGAACUUUGUAUGUCGGUGAACAGUUUGGAACGUAACGUAAAAACUGAGACUGACCUCGACUUUCUGAGUUGCUUCAAACAGCAACUCAGUUGGACUGACAUCUGCGUAGGGAAAAUCCAAAAGAUUUUAUGUCAUGUGCGUUCCCAAGUUUCUUGCCUCUUUUCAGCUUUGCUUAUGUAACGUUAGCUAAGAAAUGGCAUCCCCUAAUGUUAAGAAACAGCCAGUCCACACAGGACCGCUGUGAACCCUGGGCUGCCGUUUGUACAGGCUGAAUUCAAGCUGCUACAGCGGCUAAAGUUUGAGCUGCCAUCCGCUCUCCUCCUGGGGACGUGGCGUCCUAGUGGCAGGUAGUGAAGUUGAGGGUCGGCAGGCUGUGUUAACGAGCUAGUCCUUGUCUCAUUUCAAUUGAAUUCAUUAAACUUAAUUUAUCCCAAAGGAAAUUCUACUGCCAGAGAAUGCUUCAAUUACAGGAACACAAAUGAACCCUGACAAACUACCACUACCACUACUACUGCUACUGCUACUGCUACUACUACUACUACUAUCAAUCAAUCAAUUUAUUUUUCAGUCAGUCAAUUUUAUUUAUAAAGCCCAAUAUCACAAAUCACAAUUUGCCUCACAGGGCUUUACAGCAUACGACAUCCCUCUGUCC